AUGAUUCCAUCCCUGGUCACUAAAGAGGGAAUUAAAACAUUUGAAUUGGAAAAAAUCACUCAGUGCUUCCAAGAUUUUUAUGCAUCCCUGUAUGCUCCAGUGGAGGUAAAUACUAAACAAAUAGAAAAUUACCUAGAUAAGGUUGGACUAGAACUUGUUUCCCCAGAGCAUGCCCCAAUCACUGCUGAAGAAAUAGAACAGGUGAUUAAAAUAUUGAAACCAGACCUGGAGCUGCAGUGGUAUGGCUUGCCCGCGGUUUCCAACAUGCUGCUCGAGAUCGGAGGCUUGGAGUUCUCGGCCUGCCCCUUCAGCGGCUGGUACAUGGGCACCGAGAUCGGAGUCCGCGACUACUGUGACAACUCUCGCUACAACAUCCUGGAGGAAGUUGCCAAAAAGAUGAACUUGGACAUGCGGAAGACCUCCUCGCUUUGGAAGGACCAGGCCCUGGUGGAGAUAAACAUUGCUGUCUUAUACAGCUUCCAGAGCGACAAGGUGACCAUUGUGGACCACCACUCAGCCACGGAGUCCUUCAUCAAGCACAUGGAGAAUGAGUACCGUUGCCGGGGAGGUUGCCCUGCUGAUUGGCCUGAUCCAUGGAACACGCACAUCUGGAAAGGCAUCAACGGCACUCCCACCAAGAAGAGAGCCAUUGGGUUUAAGAAGUUAGCAAACUACCAGCUUCAUAGUUCGGGCAGCAGCAGCGAUCGCACUCCCAAAUUAGCCAUUUCUUUCCUCACAAGGCUCCUGAGUGAGAGCUGGAAGCUUUGCCCUCGCUCGGGUUUGGCUGUGUCACAGUGCCGCCCCAUCAGCACUGAGAAUAAUGUCAAAAUUGGUUGUGAAGAUCUUGGAGGCUUCAGCUGAUUUCUGUCUCAGAUGAUCUUCUAAACCCUGGGUUGGAAGAUUUGUCUGUAGCGGAUUAGGCAAGUUCAUGGAGGGUAGCACUAUCAAUGGCUACUACUAGUCCUGAUGGCUUUUCUUAUGUUUUCUUUUCUCAUGUUUUUAUGGUUUGUCAGUUCAUGCACAAAACUCCAGCCAUUUGGUAUCUUAAUUUUCUCGGAGGCGUGUUCAGAGAGCGGCUUCA